GCAGCCUCGGCUCCAAUCUCAGCUGCAGCGGCGGUCGGGGUUCUGGUCCUGGUCCGGGUCCAGUCCCGGUCGGACCUCCGAAGGAGGGGAGAGGGAACCCGCUGCGGGCAAGAAGGCACUGAGGAGGAGGAAGAUGUUUGACUGGGACCUCCUCAAGAUGAAAGCCAUUGAGCCCUAUCAGGAAAUCCUGGAGGUAUACUUGAUCAAUGCCAAGAACUAUGUAAAUGGACACUGCACCAAAUAUGAGCCGUGGCAGUUGAUUGCAUGGAGUGUGCUGUGGACUUUGCUGAUCGUGUGGCUGUAUGGGUUCAUCUUCCAACCUGAGAGUUUAUUUUCAAGGGCCAAAAAGAAGUUUUUUAGAAUCAUCAGAAGAAUCCCUAUUAUUGGUACUAAGAUCCAGGAGAAAUUUAACAAGGCCCGGGAAGACAUUGUCAAGAACCUGACGUUCCUGAAAGUGGACAGCGAGUAUGUGAAGAACCUGCCGGCUGAAGGGUUAAGCACGUCUGACAUCCUGGAGAGGCUCAAGGACUACAGCUCCCUGGGAAAUUCGCACUGGGAAGAAGGGAAAGUCUCUGGGACAGUGUACAGUGAUGAUGAAAAACUCACGGAACUUCUUGUGAAGGUUUAUGGAGACUUUGCAUGGAGCAACCCCUUGCACCCAGAUGUCUUUCCAGGGAUUCGGAAGAUGGAGGCAGAGAUUGUGAGGAUAGCUUGCACCCUCUUUAAUGGUGGACCAGAGGCUUGUGGCAGCGUGACUUCGGGGGGGACAGAGAGCAUCCUGAUGGCCUGCAAAGCCUAUCGAGACCUAGCUUAUGAAAAGGGCAUCAAAUAUCCAGAAAUUGUGGCCCCCGUCAGCGUCCACGCUGCCUUUGAGAAGGCGGCCCAUUAUUUUGGGAUGAAGCUGGUCCGUGUUCCAUUGAACAAGAAUAUGGAGGUGAAUGUCAAGGCAAUGAGAAGAUCCAUUUCCAGCAAUACUGCAAUGCUUGUCUGCUCGGUACCUCAGUUUCCCCACGGCGUGAUAGAUCCUGUACCUGAAGUGGCCAAGCUGGCUGUGAAGUAUAAAAUUCCUCUCCACGUCGAUGCCUGUUUGGGGGGCUUCCUCAUCGUCUUCAUGCAGAAGGCAGGAUACCCACUAGAUCACCUAUUUGAUUUCCGGGUAAAAGGCGUUACUAGCAUCUCAGCAGACACUCACAAGUACGGGUACGCUCCCAAAGGCUCGUCGGUGCUGAUGUACAGCAGCAAGGAGUAUCGGCGCUACCAGUUCUUCGUGGCCCCCGACUGGCAGGGCGGGAUCUACGCUUCUCCCAGCAUAGCGGGGUCGCGGCCUGGCGGCAUCAUCGCGGCCUGCUGGGCCACCUUGAUGCACAUGGGGGAAAAUGGCUACGUGGAAGCCACCAAGAGUAUCAUCAGAACUGCCCGCUUCCUCAAGUCAGAGUUAGAAAAAAUCAAAGGCAUCUUUGUUUUUGGGAACCCUCAGGUGUCGGUCAUUGCCUUAGGCUCUCACGACUUUGACAUUUUUCGACUCUCUAAUCUCAUGACUGCCAAGGGUUGGAACCUGAAUAUUUUGCAAUUCCCAUCAAGUAUCCACAUCUGCCUCACUCUGCUUCACACACGUCCCAAGGUCUCUAUGUUGUUUCUGAAGGAUGUCCGGGAGUCCGUCACACAGAUCAUGAAGAAUCCGAAAGCCAGGACAACGGGCAUGGGUGCCAUUUACGGGAUGUCCCAGACUGUCCCUGACAGGAAGAUGGUAGCAGAACUGACAGAGGCUUUCUUGGACAGUCUUUACACCACAGACGCCCAUCAGGGCAGUCAAAAGAAUGGUUCCCCCAAACCCCACUGAUCCUGUGUCCAGGGAUGCCUUCCAGCUGUGGUCCUGGACUGAUCUCCAGAGGAAGCCGGCCACUCCGAGCUGUGGCAGUUAUUCACAUUCCACUUCAAGAGCAACAUCAAGACGUCUGGGUCUGAGGGAUUCGUUCCUUUACUUCUCUCGAAGCCCCAAGGUUGCUUUUAAUUUGAAGAUAAUUGAAGGCUUUCUUCUUGUAAUGAUCUUUUCCCUGUUUUCAUCCCCCUCCCCCCCAGCUUUUUAUUAGCUCUCUCCCCCUCCCGUAAUCAUUGUAUGGCUGUUCCGACCUCUCCUGGUUCCUUAGGGAAGCGAGGGUGGCUGUGGAGCAGAAGGCCAGCUUCUCGGCCUUCCCUCUCAGCAGCCGCCACUUAUCUCUUUCUUUGUCUUAAGUAGAAACCUUCACCCUCCUUCCUCUGAACUGAUUUGGGCUUCUAUUUCAACAAGCCCCCAGGAGCAGGCAACUGAACCCACUUGUGAUGAUCGUGACUGAUUGCUUUUUAUUUCUUAGAAGGCCAUCGGGCGAGCCAUCCAUUGUUGUAGUGCAGUCAGGUUGGAUCAGUCCAUUUCUUCCCACAGAGAGUGGCUCGGCUCGGUCUUGCCGUCCCACCAAAGGGAAGAUUGAACUGGACUUAACUGCUUCCGCAUCAGAAAUCCCCCUUUGAGUCUGUGUUUUGCUCUAUCCUUGGGACUGCUACUCAUUUACUCUGAUGGUUUGGGGUCCUCUUUGGAUAAAGAAAAGGCUCACCAAGGUACUAUGGAGUUUCUUCCCUGAACUGAAGAAGGUCUUGAGACCUUGCUGCAAUCUGAAGCUCGACUCUACAUAUUGGAGUGGGAUGGAGAUCCAGUUUGGGGGUUAAAAAAAGCACUGAAAUGUGUUCUCUAUGUCUACCUUUAUCUUUUUUUCAAGCCAUUCUGUAGCAUAAAACUGGUAAAUGAGUUGUAAUCCUGGCUACUUGAAGGCACAUUUUAAAGGCAUUCACCAAUUUGCCUUGACUUAUUCUGGCUGUUUUUAAGGAGGAAGUGGGAUCCCCAUUGCAGGCCUAGUUAAAGUCCUAAAUCUUGCUUAACUCCCCAUGGUACUUAAAGCGGCUCAGGGCAACAUCCUGGUCCCUGCAAUUUUUGGGUAGGUCGGUAUCUCAGGUGGCGUGGGGUGCCCGCACAGUUCCUGUGCCCACCCCCGCUCUCUAGUGCCCUGCUCUGCUUGAGCCAUCCCACUUCCUGAUUUCUUAGUAGCGUGCCUUUCUCUGCCAUAAGCAAGCAGCUCCUCCAGACCCCAGGCGAAAUGCAUCUACUGACGCUGGGUGUGGGAAUUAUUGUGACAUUUUCCUAUGGGCCGUCCUUCCUCCGGGGUCCUGGGAACGUCCAGCUUGUCCACUGGCACAGACUUGACAGAUCCUGUGACCUUGCGAUGCUGUGAAUUUGUAGUUCCACACUGCCAGUGAAGAAGCAGAGUUGUAUUUUGUCUUGCUUAUUUAAGGUACAGAGUGGCGGGAUUGCCAGGUGCCCUUAAUUAUGUGGUGGGAUGGCACGUCUGGCUCUUGUGAUUGGUUUUUACCCUGUUUACUAUAUAUUUUGCCCCAAGGGAUUUGGGAAGGGGAGAAAGUCCCUUGGAGCUGAGAAUCUCACCCUUCCUUUUCUUUUAUCAACCAUUUCUCUAACUCAAUUACUUAAUGCACGGCGCCGCUUUGUCACGGAGCCAGGAGUCUGGAAAAGACAGGCACUGUACUUGGGUCUCAAGUGCUACGGGGGCUGUGGCGCCCUGGAACCGGGCAGCAGGAAUCCUGCCCUGCCAGGGGCUGCAGGGAGGGAGGUGCAGGGCUUUGGGGGUUUCUGUAGAGCAAGCCCCCAGGCUCUUCUUCCCUCACGACUCUUCUCUCAGAGACUGAGGGCCACGAGGUUGUCAGUCCUGACUUAGCCUUCAUUCCAGGUCUCCUUUCUUCUCUCUUCCUACUUAGGUGUAUUGUGAUGGUGUGUGUGAGCCAGUCAGUGGCCCAGGAACAGGCCAGUGGCUCUGUCCGUGGCUCAUUUCUUUUUUCUCUUGCUGGUAAAGAACUGUACUAUCAACUCACUCUUAAUACUGUUUUCAACUUCAAUAAUUGGAAAAUUGACGGUACUGUCCCCUGUUCCCUCCCCAUAUCUUUCUACCAAGCUGCAGUAGUAACUUGUAAAAACAAUUAAACUCCUAAAACCUUCA